GGGAAGAGCGAUAGUCAGUCGAGGACAACAUGCCGCAGUGGCUGGUCAUUGGAAUCUCGGGCGUCACCUGUGGUGGCAAGACGACGUUGGCCCACAGCCUGCACGACUACUUCAGACCCUUGUGUGGAGCUCCGCUGUGGAACUCCCCGUACACCAUUGGCGAGGUGCGUCUGAUCUCGCAGGAUGACUACUUCUUGCCCGUGGAGGACAAGCGCCAUCAGCGAAAUGAGGCGCUCAAUGCCAUCAACUUUGAGCUCAUCACCUCGCUGGACAUGUCCAAGAUGCUGAACGACAUAGCGCACAUAAUGAAGGGGCGCCACGUGGUUCCCGAGCCACCGGAGCAGCUGGUGACCUAUGCCAACUUUGAGCACUACGCCCUGCAGUUCCAGCAGCAGUACCAUUACAAUGCCAACUACUACAAGCAGGCCAAUGGCGGGGCCUAUCAGUAUCCGCCACAGCAGCCGCCGAGGCAUCACCACCAUCACCAUUCCCAGCAGCAUCACCAUCAGCAGCAGCAAAUCCAACAGCAGCAGCAGCACAUCAUGCGGAUCAAUGCACAGAUUGCUGCCCAACUGAGGGACAAAAAGAUCAACUUCCUCCUGAUCGAGGGAUUCAUGAUUUUCAACCAGCCGGAGCUGCUGGCGCUGUGCAACCUCAAGUACCACUUUCAUCUGCCCUACGAGAAGUGCUUCGAGCGGCGCAGCAAACGCACCUACGAUCCCCCCGAUGUCACGGGAUACUUCGAGCUUUGUGUGUGGCCGCACUACGAGAAGAACUUCAGCGAGUAUCGCGACUGCAAGGACAUCACAUUCCUCAACGGUGAGAUAGCCAAGGAGAAGAUAUUCAAGUUUGUCCUCCAGCGCAUCGUCCACUACUUCGAGGAGCGCUGCGAGGUCCCAGCUCCUGCCCCAGUCGCCUGUCCGCCGCAGCAAAAGCGAUUUGGGAUGCUGUACGUUGGUCCGAGCAAUAACAACGUGAUGCCCACGGCCUGUCCCAUGGAACAAUAGAUUGUCCCAGGAAUCAGUGUACAAUAAAGGAAUAUUGUAUAGAUUAAUAGUAGGAUGUUAAACGGUUCAAAAUUAUUUGAAUUACUUCCCCGAAUCGUGGCUAAAAUCCCCUUUGAACAUAUUAAGGCAUAUUCGUAAGCAAAUCUAAGGGUGGUUCGAUUUUUGAUUGACAAGUCAUCGAAAUUUAAUCCUUGUAACUAUUUUAGAUCGUGAACAUUAGAACAAGCAUCCAUUUUUAACCACCGCAAAGUCCAAAGAAAUUGCAGUAUUGUUUAGAAAAUAUAUAUUCACUCGGACUAUCAUUUAGAAGGCCCAGUUUCUAGCUUCUUUCCAACAAAUCGACCCGCCCUAGAAUACAACUUUCAUUAGUUAGUCUUUAUUUCGUAUUAAGAUAGUUUUUAUGGGUGACAUGGUCUCUCUUGUGGAGAACGCUCUUGUAACCAGAUUGUGAAAUGAAGAAACUCGGUUCAGGAAUUCAUAUUUAGCUGUGCUAACUAUUAUACUUGUAUUGUUUACUAUUA